AAAUACGAUAUAAAACUUAACAUCAGCUUGAACAUACAUGAAUUCUCAAUAAGCAUAUUUUAAAACAUGGCUGAAGAAUUUGCUCUUAGCGAGGAGAAACUGGAUGAACUGUUCGUCAAGGAGGUGCGCAGUGUAACCAAAAUUAUAGACAAGCUGAGCUGCAGUGAUGCCAUCGUAACCAUGUGCACGCGCUGGUUCCAAAUCUUUCAGCAGGCCACGCCCAAAGAGAAGUUUUCGCGCAACUUUAUGUUGCUGUUGCUGCACAAGCAGCUUAACGAUCGAAACGCUUUGGGUUAUCCUUUUACAGAUGUGCGAAAUUGCCAGCGUGACCUGAGAACGCUGCACCAGAUGAGUUUAAAUCAAGCCAAGGGCGAUAGUUUCUGCAGCGUAGAUGACGAUGCCUGCGAGACUUGCAAUAGCCUGGAGUGGAGCUCAAUCGGCAGCUUACGCAGCUCUGAGGUAAGCUGUGGUGCAAGUCACUAUAUGCGUUUGGAGGAUGCUAACAGGCAGCUAAUUGAGCAAAAUGCCAAACUGUUGAAGGAACUUAAAGCUUGCAAGGCGGAGCUGCAAGAACAGCAGGAGCAACGUGAACAAUACGAAUCGCUCAAGCAGAUAUUGAGCAACAAGAUAUAUUUGUAUGAAAAGGAGACUAGCUAUAUGAAGGAUAUAUUUGCUGGUUCUGCAGUUACCACACUGGAAGUUUUUGCUAAGCUGCAGCUGCCACUAACGCAGCCGAAUUAUUUUCAUUCCUUGCUUAGCGUGCUCUGUGAGAACACCAGCGAUGAGAAAAAGUUGCAGCAAUUAGACUCACAGUUUGCACAAUUGUUGCAUGCACACAUGGACAAGUAUAUUCACAUGCAACGUCCUGCACUAAUGCAGCAAGUUGGCAAGGAUUACGAUGGAUUGCGCAGCAAGUUCAGUCAGCGUUAUAAUGAAGUGUUUAAAGCACAAACUGAAGCGCAGUUGCAAUUGUUAUCCCUAACAGCUAUGCGUUACUUGACACUGCUGCGCAAACUAUUCCUAGACAGUUUUAAGGGACAACGCAGUGUUACGCAGGCGGUGCUUAAGUUUUUAAAUGACCGUUAUAAAGAACUAUCGCAAAAUGUUUAGCUGUUGCAUUUUUACCUUGGUAUUAGACGUUCGCAUUGCAGCAUUUGCUCGAAAUUUAAGAUGGG